CAAAGGGGACAGGACAACAUGGCUGCUGCUGCGGGGCGAUACUACGGAGAAGGCGGCAGAGCAACGAAAAGACAGAAAACUGAGGACGGAGGAAUGACAACGGAGAGCUACGAUGACCCUCAUAAACCGCUACCCUCCCCGGUGGUGCACAUCAGGGGCUUGGUGGACGGCAUCAUGGAGGCUGACCUGGUGGAGGCCCUGCAGGAGUUUGGGGCCAUCAGUUAUGUGGUUAUGAUGCCUAAGAAGCGCCAGGCCCUGGUGGAGUAUGAGGACAUGAAUGGCUCUUGCAACGCUGUUACAUAUGCAGCAGAGAACCAGGUUUACAUUGCAGGCCACCCUGCCUUCAUCAAUUACUCCACUAGCCAAAAGAUCUCCCGGCCAGGAGACUCAGACGACACCCGGAGUGUCAACAAUGUGCUGCUGCUCACGAUCAUAAACCCCAUCUAUCCUAUCACCACGGAUGUGCUCUACACCAUUUGUAACAACUGUGGUCCUGUACAGAGGAUUGUCAUCUUCAGAAAGAAUGGCGUUCAGGCAAUGGUGGAAUUUGACUCGGUCCAGAGUGCCCAGAGGGCCAAAGCCUCUCUGAAUGGGGCAGAUAUCUAUUCUGGCUGCUGCACACUAAAGAUUGAAUAUGCCAAGCCAGCACGCCUUAAUGUCUUCAAGAAUGACCAGGACACCUGGGACUAUACAAACCCCAACCUCAGUGGCCAAGAUGCUGAUGGUGAAGGCAAUUGGAACAAUUCACAAGAUCCCAAUGCCAAUCCCAACAAACGCCAGAGGCAGCCUGCCCUUCUGGGAGACCACCCACCUGAUUAUGGUGGCCCUCAAGCAGGUUAUCAUGGCUACAAUGAUGACAGUUACGGCCCCCCCCCUCCCCACCGCAUGGGGCCAGGAAUGGGCGGGCGUGGUCGUGGUAGCCAGCGCUAUGGCCCUGGAUACGGACCACCACCUCCUGAAUAUGGUCCUCACGCUGACUCUCCGGUUCUUAUGGUAUAUGGUCUUGAGCCCUCUAAAAUCAACGCUGACAAGGUCUUCAACAUCUUCUGCCUCUACGGCAAUGUAGAGAGGAUUAAGUUCAUGAAAAGUAAGCCUGGAGCCGCAAUGGUGGAGAUGGGAGACUGUUACUCUGUGGACAGGGCCAUCACUCACCUCAACAACAACUUCCUUUUUGGACAGAAACUCAAUGUUUGUGUGUCCAAGCAGCAGGCUAUCGUACCAGGGCAGUGCUACCAGUUAGAGGACAACACCAGCAGCUUCAAAGAUUUCCAUGGAUCCCGGAACAACCGCUUCACCUCCCCAGAACAGGCAGCCAAGAACAGAAUCCAGCAUCCCAGCAACGUCCUGCACUUCUUUAACGCACAGCCUGACAUCUCUGCAGAGAUCUUCAACCAGGUCUGCGAUGAACUGGGAAUUAAGAACCCUGCAAGUGUGAAACUUUUCACGGGAAAGAGUGAGCGAAGUUCAUCUGGCCUUCUGGAGUGGGAAUCCAUCAAUGAUGCCAUGGAAGCACUAGCUAUGAUGAACCAUUACCAGAUGAAAAACCCUAGUGGGCCUUACCCUUACACGCUGAAACUUUGUUUCUCAACAACACACCAUGCCAACUAAAUAGUCUCAAGCUAUUUGUAACAUUUUGUGUCUUUGCAUAGAGUAUAUUGUAGUUCUGUUGUCAUGUCCCAUUAAAACAGUCAGUCAGUAUUUACAAAAACUAGGAUUGAUGGGGUUUAGAAUAUGUUAAACUAUGAUUUUAUAUGAUUUAUUUUACUUUUACCAUAUUUUUCAAUCAGUUGUUUAUAUUGUAUGUUCACAACACUAGAUUUGAAUAACCCCCACUACCCUGGAAUAACAUUUAAAUCUGGACCUCAGUUUUUGCUCUUAAAAUUAAGUGAACAGUAAUGAUAAUGUGAAUAUUGAUCUAGCUGAGGUUCACUUCUUCAGAGAUGGUUUGUAUUGUAUCUUUGGUCAUUUCUUCACUCAUGACAGGGAAUCAUCCAUGUUGUUCCAUGGGGAAAUAAAAAUGCAUUUCUUACAGAGAGAAGCAGCUGUAGUUUUCAGGAUGAAACAUUCACUCUGACAUCUUUGUGCUGCUACUUAAGUGGUUAGGGUGCCUUCCAUAUAUUGAUACCUGGACUAUUGAAGAUUAUCACUGUGGUGAUUAGAGGAUGGCAGACAUGAAGGAGAUGGUUAUCAGUACUAAUCUGUCACUAUCAAGAUUUCCGUGUCAGUUGUCACUUUUUGUAGUAAACAAAACUGUGAAUAUUACUUUGGCUGGAAUUACUCAAUUAACUAAGAGUUGUCAGUUUCAGUUCCCACAUAGCUUCAUCAGGAGAAGACCCUGGUCUGGACUGAACAGAAGCCACAUCAAGCAUAAUCUGUAGUAAUGACAUGUAGUCAGAUCUACACUGCAUUAUUUUCCAGUAUCACAGUUUGUAUUCACAAGUGCUAGUUUAAUUAAAGCAG